GGUCAAGGAGUGGUGCCUGUACUGUGUCAGUAGGCAGUACCUUUCGUCGGAUCGUAACUCGUAAGCAUGGCAGCAUGCUCAGCCCUCUCUGCGGCGACCCUUCCCUCGGCCGCGCCGCCGGUCAGCAGACGGCGAGCGACAGCGUCGCCGGGGCUUCCCGGCAAGCGCGUCUCCGGCGCUGUGCGGUGUAGCGCUGCUCCAGGCGGACUCGGGAUCUCGGGGAAGAUGGCCGAGCUGUGGCAGGCAGCGAGGAGUGCGCCUCCGGGGACCGUUCUCGCCGCCGUGGCUGCCGCGGCGGUGGUCUACAAGGUGGCGUCUGGCCUCCUCACCCCGCCGCCUCCGCCGCCGCGACGACGGCAGGAGGUGGCUGAUGAGGCGCUGCCACCAGCUCCGGAGCCAGUGCAAGUGGGGGAGAUCACGGCGGAUGAGCUGCGGCAGUACGACGGGUCUGACCCCGAGAAGCCUCUUCUCAUGGCCAUCAAGGGGCAGAUCUACGACGUCUCCCAGAGCAGAAUGUUCUAUGGGCCUGGUGGACCAUAUGCAUUGUUUGCUGGUAAAGAUGCCAGUAGGGCAUUGGCAAAGAUGUCCUUUGAGCCACAAGAUCUGACAGGUGAUGUAUCUGGCCUUGGUCCAUUUGAGCUUAGUGCCCUGCAGGACUGGGAGUACAAGUUCACCAGCAAGUAUGUGAAAGUAGGAAGCAUCAAAGGAACAGGACCCGUAGAAGAAGGUAAUGUUAGCACUACCUCUGAAAUACAGGAGGAAGCUGCUGCGGUGAAACUGAAUGGAGAGAAAGCACCAUGAGGCACUACUGUACAUAAUUGACCCUGAAUUUCGACGAGAUAUACUGUAUAGCUUUGGAUCCAAAGAGAGUCAGAAACUGGAUGCCUCCUAGCUGCUACAGUGCUGUUACCUAGUACAUGCUAUCUGGAGUGUAAUUCACAGAUAUACUGUAUAGCUUUGUCUGACUAGAAGCUGAAGUGUAAUGUUAAGUAUCGAAUGACUGAAUUAGAGGAUUAGAAGAGUAUGAUGCCUCCUUGUUGCACUCCACAAGAUAAUGCUGUUGAUUUUCCUUUGUCAAGUAGUACAUGCUUCCAUGUUA